AUGACCCCACCUUUCCCUCCAGGGGCCAAGCCAGCCGGGCGCUGGGGUCGCCCGCACCUAGGUCGCACCGCCCGCGGGGGCGUCUGCGGUGCUCCGCACGCCGCGGGCAGGCGGAGGGCCCGGCGGAGGCGCGCGGGGCCUCGCGGGCGCGGGGCCUCGCGGGAGGCGUGCGGGGCUUCGCGAGCGGCCGGGAGCAGGUGGAGGCGCAGGCGCGCGGGACCGCGGCGCGCGGGGAUCCGGUGGAGCGCGCGGGGGCGUGGGCGCGGGAGCGAGGACCCGGCGGAGGCGCGCGGGGACCCGGUGGAGGCGCGCGGGGGCGCGGGCGCGGGAGCGAGGACCCGGCGGAGGCGCGCGGGGCCGCAGCGCGCGGAGACCCGGCGGAGGCGCGCGGGGGCCCGCGGCGCGGGCGCGGGCGCGGGCGCGGGGAUGGCGGGGCUGCGGGGCGGCCGGCCGGGCCUGGGGGCGGCCGUGCGCUCCCUGCUCUUCUGGGCGCUUGUCUACGGCUACUGCGGGCUCUGCGCCGCCGUCCACCUGCUCAAACUUUUGUGGAGCAUCGGCCGGGGGCCGGCGCGGACCUUCCGGCGGGCGGCGCGGGAGCAGCCCCCCGCCUGCCUCAGCGACCCCUCGCUGGGCACCCACUGCUACGUGCGGAUCAAGGAUUCAGGGUUAAGAUUUCACUACGUUGCUGCUGGAGAAAGAGGCAAACCACUUAUGCUGCUGCUUCAUGGCUUUCCAGAAUUCUGGUAUUCUUGGCGUCACCAACUGAGAGAAUUUAAAAGUGAAUAUAGAGUUGUCGCAUUGGAUUUGAGAGGCUAUGGAGAAACAGAUGCUCCUAUUCAUCGAGAGAAUUAUAAGCUGGACUGCCUAAUUACAGAUAUAAAGGAUAUUUUAGAUUCCUUGGGAUAUAGCAAAUGUGUUCUGAUUGGCCAUGACUGGGGGGGUAUGAUUGCUUGGCUAAUCGCCAUCUGUUAUCCAGAAAUGGUGAUGAAGCUGAUUGCUAUUAACUUCCCUCAUCCGAAUGUCUUCACAGAAUACAUUUUACGACACCCUGUCCAGCUGUUCAAAUCCAGCUUUUACUACUUCUUCCAAAUACCCCGGCUUCCAGAAUUUAUGUUCUCAAUAAAUGAUUUCCAGGCUUUGAAACACCUGUUUACCAGUCAAAGCACAGGCAUUGGACACCGAGGCUGUCGAUUAACAACAGAAGAUCUUGAAGCUUAUGUUUAUGUCUUUUCUCAGCCUGGAGCACUAAGUGGUCCAAUUAAUCAUUAUCGAAGUAUUUUCAGCUGCCUGCCUCUCAAGCAUCACAUGGUGAACACUCCAACACUACUCUUAUGGGGAGAGAAAGAUGCAUUUAUGGAGGUAGAGAUGGCUGAGGUCACCAAGAUUUAUGUGAAGAACUAUUUCAGACUGACCAUUUUGACAGAAGCUAGUCACUGGCUUCAGCAAGACCAACCUGACAUCGUAAACAAAUUGAUAUGGACAUUUCUAAAAGAAGAAACGAGAAAAAAAGAGUGACUUUUCU